AUGACUUUGAAAGACGCUUCUAACUCAAAGAAGGGGGAAGAAAGGAGUCCAGCACCAACAAAGACCCCACUCAAACAAGUUGUUGGUCGAGAAGCGAUCAACCCCCAACCACUUACCAUCCAAGGUUUGGAAGCAUCCGAUGAUGAUGAUCCAUCAGGAGACGGAGAAGACACGGAGCGCCUGAGGUGUCAACUGGCGAAGUUCCGGGAAAAGCAAGCGCUUCAAAUGGCGAGCAUGCAAGGCCAAUUAGAUCAAGUCAUGGCCGCAUUGUCGGCAUUGACAAAAGCAAACGAUCACGCGCCUCCCAAUUCCCAAGAAGCCACUGAGGAGAGGAGGCGCCUCAAGUGA